GGGGGGGCAGCGCCCGCAGGUGCCACCACCUCCCGCUCCUGCUCCGCACCAUGAAGACGGUGGGCAAGGUGUUGUUGGGCCUGCUCGGGACAGCCGCCGUCGUCACCAUCAUAACGGUGCCAGCCGUCCUGCUGUCCAAGAAAAAUGAAGCCGCAGCCGAUACUCGCGGACCCUACAGUCUGAAUGAUUAUUUAAAAAAUACUUAUAGAACCAAAUACUGCUCCUUAAAAUGGGUUUCUGAUCAUGAAUAUCUCUACUUGAAAGAAAAUAAUGUCUUGCUGGUCAACGCUGAAAAUGGAAGCAGCUCAAUAAUUUUGGGAAAUAGUACCUUUGAUGAGGUUGAGAAUUCCACAUACAGGUAUUUUGUAUCUGCUGACCAACUGUUUGUUCUUCUUCAAUACAAUUAUGUGAAGCAAUGGAGGCAUUCAUACAUAGCUUCCUACAAGAUAUAUAAUGUGACAGCGAGGAAGCUGGUUGCUGAAACAAGCCUUCCCAAUGAUAUUCAGUACAUCACCUGGUCUCCGGUUGGUCAUAAAUUGGCAUUUGUUUGGAAAAAUGAUGUUUAUGUCAAAGAGACACCAUUUUCGGAUAUGGUUAAUAUCACUAACAAUGGAGAAGAGAACGUCAUAUCUAAUGGAGUAGCUGACUGGGUGUAUGAAGAGGAAGUCUUUAGUGCCCACUCUGCUCUGUGGUGGUCUCCAAAUGGCAAUUUUCUAGCAUAUGCCCAAUUUAAUGAUUCAGAAGUUCCUGUCAUGGAAUAUUCCUUCUAUUCACAAGAAUCACUCCAGUACCCAGAGACAGUUAAGCUUCCAUAUCCAAAGGCGGGAGCUCGAAAUCCUACUGUGAAAUUAUUUAUCAUUAACACAGAAUCCACCAAUAUGACUUCAGUAGAGAUUCCUCCACCAUUGUCCAUAAGUACAAGCGAUCACUACCUAAGUGAAGUGACCUGGGUGAAUAAUGAAACAGUUGCCAUUCAGUGGCUCCGAAGAAUUCAAAAUUACUCAGUCAUGACUAUCUGUAAUUAUAGGAGGCCUGAGUCGCGCUGGAGCUGCCCAGUGGAUCAGCAGCAUGUCGAAACAAGCACAACUGGAUGGAUUGGCAGAUUUGGGCCUUCAACGCCUUAUUUUACAUCUGAUGGUAAAAGUUUCUACAAAAUUGUCAGCAACACGGAAGGCUACAAACACAUUCAUCGCUUUUAUGUCAACAAUCAAAGCGUGGAAGCGAUUACAACAGGAACUUGGGAAGUGAUUGGAAUAGAAGCCCUAACCAAUGACCACAUGUACUUCAUCAGUAAUGAAUAUAAGGGGAUGCCAGGAGGAAGAAAUCUAUAUAAAAUCCAAUUUAGCAAACCAAGUAAUAGGCAGUGCCUUAGCUGCGAACUGGAUUCUAACAGAUGUCAGUAUUAUUUUGCAUCAUUUAGCAAGGAUGCUAAAUAUUAUCAGCUGACUUGCUCAGGUCCAGGCUUACCUCUUUAUACCCUGCACAGCAGCAUAGAUGAUAAAGAACUCAGAAUCUUGGAGAACAACACGGAACUGUAUAAUAUGCUGAAGGAUGUUCAGAUGCCUUCCAAAAUACUUGACUACAUUACAUUGAAUAACACCAAGUUUUGGUACCAGAUGAUAUUACCUCCACACUUUGAUAAAUCCAAGGAAUAUCCUCUACUGAUUGAUGUGUAUGCAGGGCCUUGCAGCCAAAAAGCAGAUGCUACCUACAAACUUAACUGGGCUACCUCUCUUGCGAGCUCAGAACACAUUAUAGUAGCUAGCUUUGAUGGCAGAGGCAGUGGCUACCAAGGAGAUACGAUCAUGCAUGCCAUAAAUCGAAGACUGGGAACAUAUGAAGUAGAUGAUCAGAUUGAAGCAGCCAGGCAAUUUUCAAAAAUGGGAUUUGUUGAUAAGAAACGCAUAGCUAUAUGGGGCUGGUCAUAUGGAGGAUAUGUCACCUCGAUGGUGCUUGGAGCUGGGAGUGAUGUGUUCAAAUGUGGAAUUGCUGUAGCUCCUGUAUCUCGCUGGGAGUACUACGAUUCUAUAUACACAGAACGCUACAUGGGUCUUCCAACAAAAGAGGAUAAUCUUGAGCAUUAUGAGAAAUCAACAGUCAUGAGCAGAGCUGAAAAUUUUAAACGAGUUGAAUACCUCCUUAUUCAUGGAACAGCAGAUGAUAAUGUUCAUUUUCAGCAAGCAGCGCAGAUCUCUAAAGCACUAGUGGAUGCGGAGGUGGAUUUCCAGGCUAUGGAUGGAGAAAGGCAGCAGCAGAAGGCAUCUAAGCUGGAAGAAGGUGGCACUCCCUGCCCCUGGCUGCUUUCACUUCCAACUGAGCCUACAGCCUGCUCACAGGUACAAGUGCCAAACUGAGCACCAAUUUAUUAUUUAAGUGACCAAAGUAAUUGGCUUCUGACAGGAUGAAAAUACAUAUAAAGAACUUGUACUUCCCAAGCGUUUAGUACAGUGCUCUGCACACAGUAAGCUCUCAAUAAAUACGAUUGAAUGAACAAAGAAAAGAAUGCCAAUAACAAAGGGCACCUUAGUGCUCUUGUAGGUGCUAAGUAGUCACAGAAAUCACCACGGAAAAGGGCUUUUUUUAAGAAAAAAAAAAUAGGGCAAGCAUCCAAUUGCUAGUGCUGGACAGAUCAUUGUCUGUGCCAGUAAAGGUGGUAGUGCUAAUUGUUUUAUGGCCAUAAAUUAUUCUUGUAGCCAUUCUGUCCCAAUUUAAAAAGUUAUGUUAGAUUCAUUUUUUUUUUUUUUACUUUCUCUGGUCAAUCUUAGUUGAACACUUUGCAGUCACUUUGAGCAAUAUGAAGUGUUUGUAGUCUCUAGUGUUUCAUCUAUGUUUCCACAAUUUUCCAGUGGUUAUGAGCUAAUUACCCAUUUUUAAUCAAACAAGCCACAGUGGCACAUGGCCACUUUUACCCACAGGGCUUUCUUAUUUGCCCUGUUAGAUUUCCCUGACUUCUUUGUAAAAAGAUGAAAAGCUUUGGAAAUUUGAAAAAAAAAUGCCAA